AUGUCUUCAGACGCCCCCCCGUCCCGUCCUUCGCAUUCACAGCCUUUGAGUUCUUCGGUCAAUGGAUUCCACGAAGAAAUCGCGAAAAAGACAGUCAAGAGUAUGCUCAAGAACACAGUGGCUUCUAAUUCUUCGCCUGAAGAAGACUCACUAGAAUCACUACUAUCUCCCGAUGCUCAAGGCCGUUUGCAGUUCGGUGAUCCAAAACAACGUCACAAACGUACGACACAGGCCUUGACUACGAUCUCUGCUAUAACGGAGGCAACUCGUGGUCUAAAAGCCCAAAUUGAAGCUAUCUCAUCAUCCCAUACCUCAGCAGAAAUAAACGCCAUCCUUUGCACUGUGGAGGAUAAUUCUGACGCUCUUCGUCAUCAUAUCAGCUCUGUCACACGUACUGCAGUAUCUGAAGAAGUCAAGGAAGCGAGAGCAAUGCUGGAUCUUUUGGAUCAGGUAGUCAGCGUAUGGAGAACAGAUUACCCUGACUCUUCGCCCGUGAAAAUUGACAACCGUAUGUGCUCCAUUUGA